CGCUUAUCACCGGGAAAUGCAAAUGCUGGUUCUCGGCUGCACUUUCCUCACGCUGUCAGAGCGUGAGGAAAGUACUGCCGAGAACCGGCAGUUGUCAGAGCAGGGAUCGGCACCGAUCAUCAGAGCACUGAUGAUCAGUGCCCUGAUGAUCGGUGCCCAGCAGUGCCACCCACCAGUUCCGCCCACCUUUGUGCCAGUCAGUGCCCAGCAGUUGUGCCAGUCAGUGCCCAGCAGUUGCGCCAGUCAGUGCCAGUUGCCUAUCAUGUGCUGCCGCCUAUCAGUGCCGCAGUAUCCAGUGCCACCUCAUUAG